AGCUGUUUACAGUGCGUGAUGAAAAUUGGUCAAGUUGUAACAGCGACGUCUGUGUGUCAAGUUUUGCGAAUCUUCUCGAACGAAUUAAUAUUUAAACUUUCAUUACAAUUUAGAUUGCGAAUAAUUAGUGGAAAAAAGUCAACGUCCAAGAAAUUCAUUCGGCCAACAUAAAAAAAAAUCAUAAUCGGAAGAUUCCACACAUCUAUCAAUAAGUGAAAAAAAAAAAAAAAAAACAGAACGAUGAGGCCUGUCGUACGACUUGUCGAGGGUCAAUUGCGCGGUGUGGUCGAAACAUCGAUAAAAGGCAAACAAUACGCUGCUUUCAAGGGAAUUCCGUACGCCAAACCACCAAUCGGCGAGCUCAGAUUUCAAGAUCCGGAGCCUGCUGAGUCAUGGUCAAAUAUAAAAGAUGCUUCGAAGUUUGGAUCGAACUGCGCUCAAUUCGAUCCCAUGACCCGAACAAUAGUCGGAAGUGACGAUUGUUUGUAUCUGAACGUGUACACGCCGUCACACGAAACGUCUCCAUCUUCGGCUGUGCCGAAGCCUGUAAUGCUCUGGAUUCACGGUGGUGCAUUCGCCUACGGUUCCGGCGACGACAAGUUCUACGGACCUGAUUACAUUAUCGAAAACGAUGUGAUCCUCGUCACUAUUAAUUAUCGACUUGGUGUAUUCGGUUUUCUGAACUUGGAGGAUGGCGAAGUGAGCGGUAAUCAAGGCCUCAAGGAUCAGCUACUCGCCCUCAAAUGGGUACAGAAAAACAUCGAAAAUUUCGGUGGUGACCGGGAAAAUGUAACAAUUUUUGGCGAGAGCGCUGGUGGCGCGUCCGUUCACUAUCUCGCUUUAUCUCCUUUGGCCAAAGGGCUCUUCCACAAAGCAAUAUCCCAGAGCGGAGUAAUUCUGAAUCCUUGGGCAAGUAUGGCAAACUCGCCAAAAUUGUAUGCACAAAAAUUAUCUUCGGCGUUGGGCAAAGAAAUAACCGAUCCGAGAUUACUUGUGGAAUAUCUUCGGAGUUUCGAUGCUGAAAGACUCGUCGAGGCGGACGAAAAGAUCUGUCAGGAGAUCGGGAAAAACGGUUCUCGUUGCUUUACGCCGAGCAUCGACUCAACAUCGAAAAAUCCAUUUCUUCCGGUGUCAGUGGAAAUUGCUUCUCGGGAAAGCGUCAAUGUACCGUACAUGAUAGGUCAUAUGAGUCACGAAGGAAUCCUGUAUCUCGCAAACAUCAAUGACAGAAAAUUGGCUUUGUACGAUUCUUCUUUGGAGCGGGUGUUCAGUCCUGGAGUGAUAAAAGUACUGAAUGAUCGGGGACUCAGUGUUUCUGAUCUGAGAAAUAUUUAUUUUGGGAACAAACCCGUGUCGUCGGAAACUCUUGAUAAUUACGUGAAAAUGCAGUCGGAUGUUCAAUUUCUCUCUGGAAUUCACGAGGUGGCUGCUAUUCAAGCUGUCAAAAGCAAAUGUCCAACGUACUUUUACAAGUUCUCUUACGACAGCGGACAUUCCGGGGUCAAAGCCAUUUUCGGACUGGAUAUGCCCGGUGCUUGCCACGCCGAUGAUCUCAGUUAUAUAUUCUACCCCAAAUUAAUGGCAUCGUUUGGAAUUCCACCACCCGAGCCCACUUCUACGGAACAUCUCGUUAUGGAGCGUGUUACACAAAUGUGGACGAAUUUUGCUAAAACAGGGAAUCCCACACCAGCUGUAACGAAAACGUUACCGGUAACGUGGCAACCCUUGAAAAAUCCUGAUCACUUUGAAUGUUUACACAUCACCGACGACCUUCGUAUGGAAUCGAUAACGAACGUCAACAAAAAACUGGUGAAAAAAUCUACGAGCCAGUUGUGAACAGAUUAAAUUAAACAAAUAAAAAACCAAGUUGAAACGUUGCUUCGAGUCACAUAUUCUUUACCCAUAAACGGCGUUUUUCGGAUUGUUGUAUGUUGAAAAAUAAAGACAAAUUUUAUUUUAAAAAUUA